AUGCAUUACAUGGGCCUUAAUAUCAGACGUAUCUUCAGCUCCAAGGACGUGUCCUUCAAGCUAGACCUCCUGUGUGCCACCGCCGGAAGAGGUGUCGAUGUGGUACUAAACUCCUUGUCUGGUGAGCUACUGCAUGCCUCAUGGGAAUGUGUAGCAGAGUUUGGAAGAAUGAUUGAGCUUGAAAAGCGAGAUUUCUUGAAUCACGGAAAGCUUGAAAUGAGUGCUUUUCAAGUCAAUCGAGCCUUUUUCAGGAUUGACAUUGGAUCCGCCAUGGAAGCGAACCCUGAAUUUUUGAACCGGUUAGUUGAACCAUAA